UCCUUUUGCUUCCCUUCCGGGCUGCGAGAACUAGCGAAGGCCUGGUGGAGCUGCGGGCGGGGACGGGGCAUUCGCUGUCAUUCAGUUCAGUCAUUCUCUCGGUCGGCGGCGGAGGAAGGAAGAUGGACGCGCUCGGCAGGAAAGUAGUCGUCUGCGACAACGGCACCGGGUUUGUGAAAUGUGGAUAUGCAGGAUCCAAUUUUCCAGAACAUAUCUUCCCUGCGUUGGUUGGAAGACCAAUUAUUCGUUCAACUGCCAAAGUGGGAAACAUUGAAAUCAAGGAUCUUAUGGUUGGGGAUGAAGCAAGUGAGUUGAGAUCAAUGCUGGAAGUCAAUUACCCCAUGGAGAAUGGCAUUGUCCGAAAUUGGGAUGAUAUGAAACAUCUUUGGGAUUACACCUUUGGACCAGAAAAACUCAACAUCGAUACAAAAAACUGUAAAAUACUUCUUACAGAACCUCCUAUGAAUCCAACAAAGAACAGAGAAAAGAUUGUGGAGGUGAUGUUUGAAACAUACCAGUUUUCUGGGGUUUAUGUAGCCAUUCAAGCAGUUCUUACUCUAUAUGCACAAGGUUUGCUAACUGGUGUUGUUGUGGAUUCUGGAGAUGGUGUUACUCACAUCUGUCCAGUCUAUGAAGGCUUUUCUCUUCCUCAUCUCACCAGGAGACUGGAUAUUGCUGGCAGAGAUAUUACCAGAUAUCUCAUCAAACUACUUUUACUACGAGGAUAUGCCUUCAAUCAUUCUGCUGAUUUUGAGACUGUUCGCAUGAUUAAAGAAAAGCUCUGCUAUGUGGGUUACAAUAUUGAACAGGAGCAGAAAUUGGCCUUGGAAACUACUGUGUUAGUUGAGUCCUACACGCUCCCAGAUGGCAGAAUUAUUAAAGUUGGAGGGGAGCGAUUUGAGGCACCUGAGGCCCUGUUCCAGCCUCACUUAAUCAAUGUGGAAGGAGUUGGUGUUGCUGAGCUGCUGUUCAACACCAUCCAAGCUGCUGAUAUUGAUACCAGAUCUGAAUUUUAUAAGCACAUUGUAUUAUCUGGGGGUUCCACAAUGUACCCUGGCCUACCAUCUCGCCUAGAACGUGAACUGAAGCAGCUUUAUCUGGAACGAGUUCUGAAAGGUGAUGUGGAAAAACUUUCAAAAUUUAAGAUUCGAAUUGAAGAUCCACCUCGUCGAAAGCACAUGGUGUUCCUAGGUGGUGCAGUUCUUGCAGACAUCAUGAAGGACAAAGACAACUUCUGGAUGACCAGACAAGAAUAUCAAGAGAAGGGAGUGCGUGUGCUUGAGAAACUUGGUGUGACUGUUCGAUAAACUCAGAGGCUUUUCCCCAUCACUGCUUUGUUGUUGUCAUUCCUUUAUUACCAAUCAUUGAAGUCAUUCAGCUACACGAAAUGGAAAGUCCUGCUACUAUCCUUAGACUCAAAGGCUAGGUUUUGUUCUGCUCCUUUUUGUUAGAUAUUUGAUAACAUGUCUAUAUUUAACUACUUAAUUGGACCACUUCUUUGCAAACAAAACAAGGGAAAAACCAGCCUGCUUACUGCAUUGUUUCCUUCCCAGUAUGCAGUUGGAUAAUUCCAAUAAGCUUUUUUUCCUUUGCUUUAUUGCUGUAAUGCUAUCAGCUUUUGUCCAUAAGCUCAUCAUGGAUCAAAUAUUUUUAUUAGUAUAAGGACUCAAGAAAACAGUAGUUCUUGACUAUCAUGUGAUUGUAAUGAUUUAUUUUUGAUUCUUCUGCCUUCAUCCUUAUUUGCUGUUUAGUGACAUUAUUUCUUACAUAGGAAUUCUGAAAUUAAGUCAAACUACCAGCAUCCUUUUUUUAAAAAAAAAUAUUAUCCCAGAAUAUUUUUAGGCUUAAGUACCAUGAUAAGUGGCUAGGAUCAGAUGAAUCAGGCAGUACAAGUUAAGAAAAAAAAAUCAAUGUUAUUCCUUUAAAAAGCCAUUGAUUUGCUUGGCUGUUGCUACAAAUUAGUUACCCAAACCUCUUGCAUUUUUCUCUUGGAAGUGUAUUUUCCUACCCUGGGCAAUAGGAAAUCAUUUUGUGUUCUUGAAUACAUAUUAUUAGAUUCUUCUCCGCUCCCUUGUUGUUUUGGUACCAUUUCUUCUUUCUUUGCUAUUGGGCAUAAAGGGUUGUGUUUUUUUUUAAAUGGGCAACAUUAGAAUGUCAUCUGGGACUGGAUUUCCUGGAUAUUAUCUAUUAUAAGUAAUAUGUUUUAAAAAAAAAAGUCUGUAAACUUGAAUUAUUGGUACAUUACAAAAAAAUUGAAUUGUAUUAAAUUUUGAACACAGUAAAAAAA